AUGAUGCUAGAGAACCAGGGAACAACCUUGCAGGAACCAGGGAACAACCUUGCAGGAACCAGGGAACAACCUUGCAGGAAUCAGGGAACAACCUUGCAGGAACCAGGGAACAACCUUGCAGGAACCAGGGAACAACCUUGCAGGAACCAGGGAACAACCUUGCAGGAACCAGGGAACAACCUUGCAGGAACCAGGGAACAACCUUGCAGGAACCAGGGAACAACCUUGCAGGAACCAGGGAACAACCUUGCAGGAACCAGGGAACAACCUUGCAGGAACCAGGGAACAACCUUGCAGGAACCAGGGAACAACCUUGCAGGAAUCAGGGAACAACCUUGCAGGAACCAGGGAACAACCUUGCAGGAACCAGGGAACAACCUUGCAAGAACCAGGGAACAACCUUGCAGGAACCAGGGAACAACCUUGCAGGAACCAGGGAACAACCUUGCAGGAACCAGGGAACAACCUUGCAGGAAUCAGGGAACAACCUUGCAGGAACCAGGGAACAACCUUGCAGGAACCAGGGAACAACCUUGCAGGAACCAGGGAACAACCUUGCAGGAAUCAGGGAACAACCUUGCAGGAACCAGGGAACAACCUUGCAGGAACCAGGGAACAACCUUGCAGGAACCAGGGAACAACCUUGCAGGAACCAGGGAACAACCUUGCAGGAAUCAGGGAACAACCUUGCAGGAACCAGGGAACAACCUUGCAGGAACCAGGGAACAACCUUGCAGGAACCAGGGAACAACCUUGCAGGAACCAGGGAACAACCUUGCAGGAACCAGGGAACAACCUUGCAGGAACCAGGGAACAACCUUGCAGGAACCAGGGAACAACCUUGCAGGAACCAGGGAACAACCUUGCAGGAAUCAGGGAACAACCUUGCAGGAACCAGGGAACAACCUUGCAGGAACCAGGGAACAACCUUGCAGGAACCAGGGAACAACCUUGCAGGAACCAGGGAACAACCUUGCAGGAAUCAGGGAACAACCUUGCAGGAACCAGGGAACAACCUUGCAGGAACCAGGGAACAACCUUGCAGGAACCAGGGAACAACCUUGCAGGAACCAGGGAACAACCUUGCAGGAACCAGGGAACAACCUUGCAGGAACCAGGGAACAACCUUGCAGGAACCAGGGAACAACCUUGCAGGAAUCUUGUGCAACCUUGCAACCAGAGUCGUGGCCUCCCGAGCAACAAAGACCUUCUUUACGAUCAACAUUUAUUCGGUGUAUAUUUCGAAGUGACGUCAGCUUUUGGACAUGA